AUGGGAUACAAUUGUGUGUCUUUAAGUGUAACAAUCCUGCUCGUUCUGAUUACAUGGCAUGUAGUUUAUGGUAACGAUGCUACACCAAUUCCUCAGAACAAAAACCAAAUCGAGCAGUGGUUCAACACCAACGUCCCUUCGUUGGCUAGUAGAAAAGACACGUUAGAUCCAGCUCUAUUGACCGCUGAGGCUACGCCGCGUGUGAAACAAAAUGGAGGAGGCCAUUUCAAGACACUGACCGAGGCCAUAAAUAGUGUACCCGCAGGAAACAAGGAGCGUGUGAUCAUCAAGUUAGGUCACGGUGAAUACAAAGAGAAGGUUACGAUCGAUAGAAACAAGCCAUUCAUCACAUUGUACGGUCAUCCAGAUGCAAUGCCAGUGUUGACAUUCGACGGUACGGCAGCCCAAUACGGAACAGUCGAUAGUGCAACUCUCAUUGUCUUGUCCGACUACUUCAUGGCCAUCAACAUCAUCGUCAAGAAUUCUGCUCCAAUGCCUGAUGGGAAAAGGAAAGGAGCACAAGCUUUAUCUAUGAGAAUCUCUGGCAACAAAGCAGCUUUCUAUAACUGUAAAUUCUAUGGUUAUCAAGACACGAUUUGUGAUGACACUGGAAACCAUUUCUUCAAAGACUGUUACAUCGAAGGAACAUUUGAUUUCAUCUUUGGAAGUGGACGCUCUCUAUACCUCCGUACACAACUUAACGUUGUGGGAGAUGGACUCAGAGUGAUCACAGCUCAUGCGGGGAAAAGCACGGAAGAGAAAAGUGGGUACUCAUUUGUGCACUGCAAGGUUACAGGGACUGGAACUGGGAUCUACUUGGGCCGAGCAUGGAUGAGCCACCCCAAGGUCGUUUACGCAUACACUGACAUGUCAAGUGUCGUUAACCCGUCUGGAUGGCAUGAAAACCUCCAAUCCGAGCGUGACAAGACGGUGUUCUAUGGAGAGUAUAAGUGCUCAGGACCAGGAUCGCGCAAGGAGAAAAGGGUUAAGUAUACACAAGACAUUGACAACGUUGAAGCUAACAAUUUCAUCUCGCUUGGUUACAUCCAAGGAUCCAGCUGGCUCCUCCCUCCUCCUUUGUAA